CAGUAAACUCGAGAACAACUCGACGACGUCAGACGUUCGCUGUAUCUGUGUAUAUUUUGACAGACGUUUACAAUUUUCUUUUGACAUUUCGUAUACAAGUUUAUUAUUUUAACGUACUGUGGCAUGUUAAUCGGUUACUUGUGUUUGUGAUGCUUGAACUGUUUCGCUAUUGUUGUGCCUAAACACAAACAACACCGUCAAAGGAAAUUUAAUUUACCUUAAGAACCAUGGGCUCGCAGACCAGUUGGAAAGAAAGCGCGCUGGCGAGUGGACGUCACACCAUGUGACCAACAAACACUUUUGGCUAAAAUAAAACUUCCCCGCGCUGCGAAAGCAUGGGGACCCACCGGUGUUUUUGUGUUUUUUUUGUGGUGAUAGUGUUGCUAGUGAUAAGGGAUUGCAGUGGUGCCAGACACGGACCAAGGAGCAACCAUUUUUACAAUUCCUCAAAUCAUCAUCAUAUGAAACAGACUAAACACCCACCACGAGAUCAAGGAAAAAUCUGUAUUGGAACGAAUGGCCGUAUGUCAGUACCCUCGAACCGUGAACAUCACUACAGGAAUUUGAAGGACCGCUACACGAACUGUACAUACGUCGACGGCAACCUCGAGCUAACGUGGCUGCAGGAUGAAAAUUUGGAUCUCAGCUUCCUGCACUCCAUCCGGGAAGUUACCGGCUACGUACUGAUUUCGCAUGUGGAUAUUAAACGAAUCGUACUGCCUCGUUUACAAAUCAUCCGUGGACGCACUCUGUUUAGAAUGAACAUACGCGAAGAAGAGUUCUCUCUAAUUAUAUCCCUUUCUAAAAUGUACACAAUCGAGCUUCCAUCUCUUCGCGACAUUUUAAAUGGCAACGUAGGCGUGUUUAAUAACUACAACCUUUGCCACAUUAAAACGAUUAACUGGAAUGAAAUUAUAUCCGACAAUAACGCCUCAUACAUUUAUCAGUACACGUUCUCAUCACCCGAAAGAACCUGUCCGAGAUGCCAUGAAAGUUGUGAACACGGUUGUUGGGGUGAAGGCGAGAAAAACUGUCAGCAAUUCUCUAAAAUAACUUGCAGCCCGCAGUGCUACAAAGGAAGAUGCUACGGAUCGAACCCGAGAGAGUGCUGCCAUCUGUUUUGCGCAGGAGGCUGCACCGGACCAAAACAAAGCGACUGCAUUGCCUGCAAGAACUUUUAUGAUGAUGGCGUGUGUACGCAAGAAUGUCCGCCGAUGCAAAUCUACAAUCCCACUACUUACUCUUGGGAACCGAAUCCGAAAGGAAAAUACGCCUAUGGAGCCACAUGUGUGAAAAAGUGCCCCGAACAUUUGUUAAAAGACAGUGGUGCGUGUGUAAGAAAUUGCCCUCCUAAUAAAAAAGCGGAGAACGGCGAGUGCAUACCCUGCGACGGGCCUUGUCCUAAGACCUGCCCUGGUGAUGUGGUGGUACAUUCUGGAAAUAUCGAUAAAUUUAAAGGUUGUACCAUCAUCGAAGGCUACCUUAAUAUUCUCGACAACAGUUUUAAAGGGUACCAAGCAAUUUAUCCGAACUUUACUUUUGGCGAACGAUACGAAAAGAUGCAUCCCGAUCGAUUAGAAGUGUUCAGUACACUCGUAGAAAUUACCGGCUACCUGGACAUCGAAGCCUACGAUAAAGACUUCAAAAACCUUUCGUACUUCAGAAACUUGGAGGUUAUCGGUGGGCGUAGCCUUUUCGAAUACCAAUCAUCGCUUUACAUAGUCAAAACAUCAUUGGAAUCGUUAGAGUUAAAAUCCUUAAAGAAAAUUAACAUGGGCAACAUUUGUAUCCUCGAAAACAAACAUCUUUGCUUUGCCGAAAAUAUCAAGUGGGAAAAAAUUAAGAAGUUGGAAAAUGGACUUGUGUUGGCAAAUAAUAGUAAUUCAAAAGUUUGCAAACAAAAAGGACUUGUAUGUGAUGAACAGUGUAGUGAAGAUGGAUGUUGGGGACCCGGACCGGAUCAGUGCCUUUCCUGCGCUCAUUUCAAACUUGCGAACAAAUGUAUCCAGAAUUGUACAUCUAUAACCUGGGAAGACCCUUGUCCUGAUGGUUACUAUAAGGAAUUGGUUUCAUCUCAAACUCAGGAAUCACUCAUUCCACUGAUGGGCAAGAACAUUUGCAGAAAAUGUCAUCCAAGAUGUAAAAAAUGUACUAGUUAUGGUUUCCAUACGUCUAUUUGCCAGCAAUGUACCCACUACAAAAAGGGAGAACAAUGUGAGGACGAGUGUACCUUAGAUUUUUACCCGGAUGAGAAGUUACAAGAAUGCAAAUCUUGCGAUGUCGAAUGCAGAGGUUGUUCUGGACCUGGACCAGAAAAUUGUAUCUCUUGCCAAAAUAUGAAGUUGUAUACCAAUGAUGCAUUAGAUAUAAAUGGUACAUUCACAUGUAUUUCGACGUGCCCACCAGAAUUUCCACACCGUCAUUUUCCUGAAAAUUCCGAACCGUUCUGCUCGGAAAUGAAGAUUACUCCGUCUCCUGAAAAGGAAAGCACCAUAAAAAUGACUAUGGCGUUAACUGGAUUAGAUGAUAACGAGCCACUUAGACCAAGCAACGUUAUGCCCAAUGUUGCUAAAUUAAGAAUUAUUAAAGAUACGGAAAUCCGCAAAGGAAGCAUUUUGGGAUAUGGUGCUUUUGGAACUGUAUAUAAAGGAGUUUGGAUUUUAGAAGCGGAAAACUCAGCCAAAAUUCCAGUUGCUAUUAAGGUACUGAGAGAAGAUACCGGAGCCAAUACAAGCAAAGAGUUUCUUGGCGAAGCCUAUAUUAUGGCUAGUGUAGAUCAUCCUAACUUAUUGCAACUUCUUGCCGUGUGCAUGACUUCCCAAAUGAUGUUGGUAACUCAAUUGAUGCCUUUGGGAUGUCUUUUGGACUUUGUCAGGAAAAAUAGGGAUAAAAUCGGUUCCAAAGCUUUACUGAACUGGUCCACGCAAAUUGCCAGAGGUAUGGCCUAUUUGGAAGAAAAACGACUCGUGCACAGAGACUUGGCCGCAAGAAACGUUUUAGUGCAAUCACCAGCUUGUGUCAAAAUUACAGAUUUUGGACUAGCAAAACUUUUAGAUAUUAACGAAGAAGAGUACAAAGCUGCUGGAGGCAAAAUGCCCAUCAAAUGGCUUGCGCUGGAGUGCAUCCAACACAGAAUAUUUACGCACAAAUCUGAUGUAUGGGCAUUUGGCGUCACUGUUUGGGAGUUGCUGACUUUCGGCGGUCGACCAUACGAAAAUGUUCCUGCUAGAGAUGUACCUGAAUUACUCGAAAAGGGAGAACGUUUACCUCAACCGACAGUCGCUAGCAUUGAUGUCUACAUGAUAAUGAUCAAAUGUUGGAUGUUGGACGCCGAAAGCAGACCAUGCUUCAAAGAGCUGGAGGACGACUUUUCAAAGAUGUCCAGAGAUCCUGGCAGAUAUUUGGCCAUACCUGGAGAUAAAUUAAUGAGGCUACAACACUUUACCGUACCGAACGACAGAGAGGUUAUGCGAAAUUUAGCCUCCAAUUUGGCAUCAGAGACGUCAGAGUCACCUUCAGAAGGCGACGAAUAUAUGCAGCCCAAGUCUAGAGUACCAAUUCACGAAUCAGGAUUAUCCACAACGUCUUCCUUAACACUUAACCCAAUGGCUGAUAAAUAUUGGCCAUCGGUAUCGCACGUAACUUCCGACGGUAGUGCAUCGCAGUAUCAGAAUCACUUAAAUAACAAACUAUUAAGAUACGCGCAAGCUCAAGGAUACGAUCCUAGGUCUCAAUCGGACACUUCAAGUAUAAAAUAUUGUGGUGAUUCUUUAAAAUUGCGUAACGAGAUCGGAGGUUCAGACGAAUAUGAUUCUGGUCGUUCUCAAGCCCAAGUGGGCACGCUAAAACUGGAGUUGCCGGUCGACGAAGACGAUUACCUUAUGCCCUCUCCGCAACAAGCCCAAGGUACUUCUACUUACGUUGAUCUGAUCGACUCCAACAAUCCCAAUGGAGUACACGGGAACAUAUUGUUGCAGUGCCCCGAAGGGGCGACUGAAUAUUACAAAAACAACAUCGACAAUCCUGAAUAUCUUAUGAACGACACGCCAAAUCAAACUGUGGGUCUUCCAACUAUUUCAGAGUAUAUCAUAGCUUCAAAAAAGCAUCCCCCGAGGAGUUCCGAGGAGGAAUCUGAUCAUGAGUACUACAAUGAUUUUGAUAGACUGCGCAGAGAAUUACAGCCCUUACAAAGAAAUACAAGUAAAGAAGGAGCAAUCGUUUAAUACUUUUAAAUAGUUUAUUAUUAAAAUCAUUUAAUAUCUCAGUAAAGUACUGUGAUUUACUUAACGAACAUUUUCUGUAGCCCUGAAAAGUUUAAUAACCGCUCUAGCUUAAAAAUAUAGGACUGACUAUAUAAUCCUAUGUACAAAUGUUAUAAUGGCCUGUGUACUUUCGAUGUAGAGGCAAGGCUGUGGCAGUUAUUCGUUUGUUAUGCUACUUAAUUAGUAUAAGUUUUACUAUUAGCAUGUCAAAACUAUGACAAUAACUAAGUGCCAUUUUAAAAGCAUGGCAUAACUUGAAAAUUUUAUAUCUUGUAAAUAUUAUAAUUAUAUUUAGUUAUAACAAAUUGGGUAAGCAACCGACGGGAGAUAAUGCCAAUCCUAGAUGUAAUCUUGCCCAUUCUAUCUGUGAUAAAUUAAUGUACAUACAUAAAUAUUGUAUUUUACGAAGGAAGUUUUAUAUUGUAUUAUAGCCGGUAAUCUCAGAGAAAUAAAUCUCAUUUGUAUGCAAUUUUUAUUUAUAUUGUUGAAUUGUAAAAACUCUGUCAAUUAUGAAUCUAUUGUAUCAUUAACGCACUAAACUUGUGCCAUUUUGUUGUAAAGUGCCUUGUAAUCAACACCAUCAAGAUUUAUAAAU